AUGUUCAAAGGUGCCAGAGAUCCAGCAGGUGUUGAAGUCUGGUUAGAUUUGAUUGAGAAGUGUUUUAACGUGAUGAGAUAUCCUAGCAGUGUUCGAAGCCGAGAAAUGGUGGAAGAUUGUCGCUGCCAAAAGGAAUUGAUCAGAGAUCCUGGUGCUACACAUUCAUUCAUAUCUAGCAUGUUUGCAUCCUAUAUAGAUAGGAUGAUUGAAAGCAUGCCUGAGGACUUGUUUAUUUCUACGCCUGUUGGAGAUGUUUUAGUGGUGCAUGAGUAUUAUAGAAAUUGUGAGAAAGAGGUAGUGUUUAGAAGGCCAGGGAAUUAUGAGAUAUUGUUUAUAGGAAACAAAAGACUUCUCUCUAGUAGUUUGAAAUCAGCAUUCAAAGCUAGGAAGCUGUUGAGCAAAAGAUGUGUUGCCUAUCUGGCAUAUGUGGAGUUUCUUGAUGUGUUCCCUGAAGAGUUGUUAGGAUUUCCACCUAACAAGAAGGUCGAAUUUACUACUGACCUGAUUCCAGGUACAACACUUAUUUCACAGACAUCGUACAAGAUGACACCAACUGAGUUAAAGGAGUUGAAGGUGCAAUUACAGGAGUUAAUUGAUAAGGGGUACAUUAGACCUAUUAAAGGGAGCUACAGUGUUUUCUAUGAUAGACUUGAGGUCAAGAUACCAUCAGUUAAAAGUAAAGAGGCAGAUGUUCUGAAGAAUGCUUUCAGGACUGAAUACGUGCACUAUGAGUUUUUAGUCAUGCCAUUUGGUUUGGCAAAUGCCCUUGUGAUAUUCAUGGACCUUAUGAACAGAAUAUUCCAUCCCUAUCUGGAUCGGUUUGGAAUAGUCUUUAUUGAUGACAUUUUGGUGUAUUUAGGUAGCAGGGAGAAGCAUGUGGAACAUCUAAGGAUAGUGCUCCAGACGUGA